AUGGCAUUCUUCAGCAACUCCGGGAGCAAGGCCGAUUCAGGAGGGUACAACUUGAAUGAAAAGGCCGAUGAUGAGGGCAUCUAUGAGUCAGUCCGGGAUGGGAAUGUUGACCAAAACUCUAGGCAGUGGAACUUAAAUGAGAAAGCAGAGGAUGCCUACCACAGUGAAGCAGAGCAAUAUGAGGCUGGCCAGUCAGGUUUGUACUCUUCUGAGAACGCAUCAGGGCAGCAUGCCCAGAGAGGAGGCAGAUCGUCUGGUGGUCCAUGGGGCACAAAUUUUCUCAAGGAUUCCAGGUCCAAACAGACGGCCGGAGAAGUUCCAUCGAAUAGUGGUAGGGGAAUGGAUGCUGCUAGCUCGCAUGAUGACAUGGAUGGUAGCGGAGAGGAUGAUGAACUGAACAGAGCAAAUGAAGAUGAUCCCGCUGACGUGGAUUUUGAGCCAGACAGCGAAACGGAUAAGGCUACUGACAAGGAUAAGUUUAUGGAUAGUGAGAAUUCUGAUGGCGAUGGCGAUGAUGACCUUGAACUCUCAGAUGAUGAAGAUGAUUUUGUGGAGAAUCGGAGGCAACCUAAACGACUUAAGAUUGUAGCAACUAAAACUUCCAAGGGAAGAAAGUUGCCCAUGCCAGCUCAACGAAAACGAGGGGUUUCUCACAGUGAUGAAGAAUAUUCUUCAGGAAAAGACUCAGAUGUUCCCAGCGAUUCUGAUUUCAAACACAGAUCGAAAAAAUUUGACAGGUUGCAUCAGAAACCCGUGGGCCGCAGUGACGUUGCCCCAAUCAAUUCUCAUAAUGAGCUUCGAACUUCUGGAAGGAGGAGGACGGUGAAAAAGGUCUCAUAUGCUGAAAGCGAAGAAAGCGAUGAUAGUGAGGAGAAGUCAACUAAACAACAAAAGCUCAUGAAGGAGGAGCCAGAAGAGGAAGAUGGAGAAACAAUCGAAAAAGUUCUUUGGCAUCAACCCAAGGGUGUAGCUGAAGAAGCAAUAAGGAAUCACCAGUCAGCUCAACCUACUGUUGUCAGCCUAACAUCGGACUUCGAUCAACAGUGGGAUGAAUUAGAGUUCUAUAUAAAAUGGAAAGGCCAGUCUUACCUGCAUUGUCAAUGGAAGACAUUAUCAGAACUCCAAAAUGUUAGUGGAUUCAAGAAGGUAAUAAAUUACACGAAAAGGGUUGCCGAGGAACAGAGGUACAAGAGGGCACUAUCACGUGAAGAGGUUGAGGUGCAUGAUGUGGGCAAGGAGAUGGAGCUGGAUCUUAUUAAACAAUAUAGUCAGGUUGAACGGAUAUUUGCUGAUAGGGUCAAAGCUGAUGGAGAUGAUCUGGUUCCCGAAUAUUUAGUCAAAUGGCAAGGACUUCCUUAUGCAGAAUCUACCUGGGAAAAAGAUACAGAUAUAGAUUUUGCUCAAGAUGCAAUUGAUGAAUAUAAGGCUCGUGAAGCUGCCUCAGCUAUACUGGGGAAAACAGUAGAUUUCCAACGAAAGAAAAGCAAAGCUAGUUUGAGGAGGCUUGAUGACCAGCCAGAAUGGCUAAAAGCUGGCAAGCUUCGUGAUUACCAGCUGGAAGGACUAAACUUUCUUGUCAAUGGAUGGAGAAACGAUACUAAUGUUAUACUUGCUGAUGAAAUGGGUCUGGGAAAAACUAUCCAAUCUGUUUCCAUGCUUGGCUUCCUUCAUAAUGCUCAAGAAAUCAAUGGUCCAUUUCUUGUAGUUGUGCCACUGUCAACAUUGUCGAACUGGGCAAAGGAAUUUCGGAAGUGGCUGCCCAACAUGAAUGUUGUCAUUUAUGUUGGCAACCGUGCCAGCAGAGAGAUGUGCCAGCAGCAUGAAUUUUUUUCAGACAAGAAGGGUGGGCGUCAUGUAAAAUUCCACACAUUGAUAACUACCUACGAGGUGAUUCUCAAGGACAAAGCGGUUCUUUCCAAGAUCAAAUGGAACUAUCUUAUGGUUGAUGAAGCCCACCGGUUGAAGAAUUCUGAAGCGUCACUGUAUACGACCCUUUUGGAAUUCAGCACUAAGAACAAGCUGCUUAUCACUGGAACACCUUUGCAGAACAGUGUGGAAGAGCUUUGGGCAUUACUUCAUUUCCUUGAUCCAGUCAAAUUCAACAGCAAGGAUAGUUUUGUUGAGAGAUACAAAAAUUUGAGUUCGUUCAACGAAACUGAGCUUGCGAAUUUGCAUAAGGAAUUGAGGCCUCAUAUUUUACGGCGGGUUAUAAAAGAUGUUGAGAAGUCUUUACCUCCUAAAAUUGAGAGGAUUCUACGUGUCGAGAUGUCACCCCUUCAGAAACAGUACUACAAGUGGAUUUUAGAGCGGAAUUUUCAGAAUCUAAAUAAAGGAGUCCGUGGGAAUCAGGUAUCACUUCUUAACAUUGUUGUUGAAUUGAAGAAAUGCUGCAACCAUCCAUUCUUGUUUGAAAGUGCCGAUCAUGGUUAUGGUGGAGAUAGCAUUGGUGAUCGGAAUAAAGUUGAACGCAUUGUUAUGAGUAGUGGGAAACUUGUCUUGUUGGACAAACUAUUGGUGAGACUGCGGGAGACUAAUCAUCGUGUGCUUAUAUUCUCACAGAUGGUUAAGAUGUUGGACAUCCUUGCAGAAUACCUCUCUCUUCGGGGAUUUCAGUUUCAGAGGCUUGAUGGUAGUACAAGAGCAGAUCUUCGUCAUCAAGCCAUGGAACAUUUUAAUGCUCCUGGAAGUGAUGACUUCUGUUUUCUUUUAUCCACACGUGCCGGAGGACUUGGUAUUAAUCUUGCAACUGCAGAUACAGUGAUAAUUUUUGAUUCAGAUUGGAAUCCGCAAAAUGAUCUGCAGGCCAUGAGUAGGGCACAUAGGAUUGGCCAACAGGAGACUGUUAAUAUCUACCGCUUCGUCACAUGCAAAAGUGUUGAAGAGGAUAUUUUGGAACGCGCAAAGAAAAAGAUGGUUCUUGAUCACUUGGUUAUUCAGAAGCUAAAUGCUGAGGGCAGGCUUGAGAAGAAAGAAACCAAAAAGGGUGGCUCCAUAUUUGACAAGAAUGAACUUUCUGCUAUCUUGAGGUUCGGUGCAGAGGAAUUGUUCAAAGAAGACAAGACUGAUGAAGAGGCCAAGAGGAACCUUGAAAGUUUGGACAUUGAUGAAAUUCUUGAGAGAGCUGAGAAAGUCGAGACAAAGGGUGGUGAAGGGGAGGAAGGAAAUGAGCUUCUUAGUGCUUUCAAGGUCGCAAACUUUUCCAGUGGCGAAGAUGAUGCAACAUUCUGGAGUAGGCUGAUACAGCCAGAUCCUGCAGAUAUGAUUCAGGAAACUUUGGCACCUCGUGCUGCACGAAAUAAAAAGAGCUAUGUUGAAGAUCCCCAGCUCGACGAAAAUAAUAACAACAGGAAAAGACGGGCAGUUGAAGCACAAGAAAAGCCAAGGAGGCGUUCUGGCAGAACUGUGGAAACAGUUAAUUCAUUACCAUUGGUUGACGGAGCAGUAGCUCAAGUACGAGAGUGGUCUUUUGGUAAUGUUCCAAAGAAGGACGCUUCUCGUUUUGUACGAGCGGUCAAAAAAUUUGGGAAUGCAACCCAGAUUGGAUUAAUCGUGGAUGAUGUUGGUGGUGUACUUGCGAAGGCACCACAUGAAGCGCAAAUAGAGCUAUUUGAUUUGCUGAUUGAUGGUUGUCAGGAAGCGGUUAAAGAGAAUACAGAUAUCAAGGGCACAGUUUUGGACUUUUUCGGUGUAGCUGUGAAGGCCUACGAAUUGCUAGCUCGUGUUGAAGAGCUUCAAUUCUUGGCAAAGCGAAUUGCACGUUACAAAGAUCCAAUCAAGCAAUACCGCAUCCAGCUACCUUAUAAAAAGCCUCAGUGGUCUGCAAGCUGUGGAUGGACUGAAACUGAUGAUGCUAGAUUGAUGGUUGGAAUUCAUUGGUAUGGCUACGGGAAUUGGGAGAAAAUACGGUUGGAUCCAAAGCUUGGCCUGGCAACAAAAAUUGCACCAGCAACACUUGGUGAGAGAGAGACAUUUUUACCACGUGCUCCAAACUUGGAUAACCGCGCUAGUGCUCUCCUGCAAAAGGAAUAUGCUAAGUUUAGUGGUAAGAGCUCAAAAGUCAAAGGAAAUGCCCGCCAGGCAGUCAAUAACGACAGUAAUAGUGGAGCUCGAUCAAUGAGGGGCCGACAAAAGGAUGUACCAGAAAAAGAGGAUAAUAAGCCGAACAAAGAUGACAUUCAGAAGCGCAAGGUAAUAGUGGAAGCUGAAGCAAGAGAAGAAGGUGAAAUUUCUGAAUCGGAGGCAGAGACAAAGUAUCGUCUGGACAAAGAGGAGAAGUGGCUUGAAUGGUGCUCUGAAGUUUUAGAUGAGGAGCAGGAUACUUUGAAGCGCCUGGAUAGGCUGCAGAAUACAAGUGUAAACCUCCCAAAGGAAAAGGUUCUUUCAAGAAUUCGCAAGUAUCUCUUGAUAAUUGGGGACAAAAUUGGAGAAGUUGUCCGGCAACACAGCGAAUCUUAUAGGCAAUCCCGCAUGACCAUGAGGUUAUGGAAUUAUGUUGCCACCUUUUCAAAUAUGUCUGGGGAGCAACUGCAUGAUCUCUAUUUGAAACUUAGUCAAGACCAACUGGAAGGUGGAGUUGGCCCAUCUCAUGGUGGCAAUUUCACAUCCGUUCCUCCCAAUAAGGGAGGUAACUCAAAUCAACUUCAUCCUUCGAGAAACCAAAGGCCAACUAGGUCUCUCCAGUACAAUUCUGAGUCUUUCCAUAAUAAUGAGAGCUCUGGAAGUUCUGAAGCCUGGAAGCGUCGACGGAGAGCUGACCCUGAUAAUCAGUUUGACACCCAGCCUUUGUAUCAACCUCCAAUUAUGACAAAUGGUAAUAGGUUGCAGGAAUCUAGUAGUUCUGCGGGUAUUCUUGGUUGGGGUCCAGUUGAAAUGAGACGGUAUGGUAAUGAAAGGCCAAAACGUGGUGUUCAUCCUAGUCAUUUUCCUACUGGGCAUGGACCUUUGCUGUAG